UAGUAUUAACAUUCGUAAUUACGAAUAAGAGUAAAGAUGUCUGGUCGUGGUAAAGGUGGAAAGGGUUUGGGAAAAGGUGGUGCGAAGCGCCAUCGCAAAGUACUUCGUGAUAACAUCCAGGGUAUUACAAAGCCUGCUAUUCGCCGCCUUGCUCGACGUGGUGGAGUGAAACGAAUUUCUGGCUUGAUCUACGAAGAGACCCGCGGAGUGCUGAAAGUUUUCUUGGAGAAUGUUAUCCGUGAUGCUGUUACUUACACUGAACACGCAAAAAGAAAGACCGUGACUGCCAUGGAUGUCGUAUAUGCUUUGAAGAGACAGGGCCGUACUCUGUAUGGCUUCGGAGCCGGUAAUGCUGCCCGCGACAACAAGAAGACUAGAAUCAUCCCUCGCCAUUUGCAGCUGGCUGUGCGUAACGACGAAGAGCUUAACAAGUUGCUGGGUGGCGUGACCAUUGCUCAGGGUGGUGUGCUGCCCAACAUUCAGGCCGUGCUUUUGCCCAAGAAGACCGAGAAACCAGCUAAGAGAUUUGGCAAAAUGGCAAGAACAAAGCAGACAGCUCGUAAAUCAACCGGCGGUAAAGCUCCCAGAAAACAGCUCGCCACUAAAGCUGCUCGUAAGAGCGCUCCUGCUACCGGUGGGGUAAAGAAGCCUCACCGUUACAGGCCCGGCACAGUAGCCCUGCGAGAGAUCCGUCGCUACCAGAAGUCCACUGAGCUGCUUAUCCGCAAGCUGCCUUUUCAGCGACUGGUGAGGGAGAUCGCCCAGGAUUUUAAGACCGAUCUCCGCUUCCAGAGCUCGGCUGUCAUGGCUCUGCAAGAGGCCAGUGAAGCUUACUUGGUCGGUCUGUUCGAAGACACCAACUUGUGUGCCAUCCACGCCAAGAGAGUCACCAUCAUGCCCAAGGAUAUCCAGCUGGCUCGCCGCAUUCGUGGAGAACGCGCUUCCGUCUUCGUUUUCUUGGGACUCUUAGUGGCUUUCUUGGCUGCGAUAGGCUUCUUAGCCGCCUUUUUAGCUGCUGUGGGUUUCUUCGCCGCUGGCUUCUUCACCUUCUUAGCAGCUGCGGGCUUCUUUGCCGCUGGUUUCUUCUUCAGGGCCGCCUUUUUCUUUGCAGAUUUUUCCUUGGCCUCUGCCUGCUUUUUAUUGAUCUUAAAAGAUCCAGAGGCGCCGGGAGUGGAGGUGGUGCACUGCUUCAAGAACUUGGAGGUCCACAUUAAUUACAGACUAGGCAAUAUGGCAACAGCUAGUAAUGAAGAGAAGAGAAAGAUGUCUGGCCGUGGUAAAGGAGGAAAAGGUCUUGGAAAGGGUGGCGCAAAACGCCAUCGUAAGGUGUUGCGAGAUAAUAUUCAAGGUAUUACAAAGCCUGCUAUUCGUCGUUUGGCUCGUCGUGGUGGUGUGAAGCGAAUUUCUGGUUUGAUCUACGAAGAAACCCGCGGAGUGCUGAAAGUCUUCUUGGAGAAUGUUAUUCGUGAUGCUGUCACUUAUACUGAGCAUGCAAAGAGAAAGACCGUAACCGCCAUGGACGUUGUGUACGCUUUGAAGAGACAGGGCCGUACGCUUUAUGGCUUUGGAGGUUAAUUACACCGGUAUACAGAAAAAAUAUCUAAAGGCUCUUUUCAGAGCCGCC